CUAUCCUGAAACCCCAUGAAACAACCUCUGGCAACGGUGCUGGAUCCGGUGGUAAUAUCAAGCGAAGCCCGACUGCCUGCGGGUUAUUCUACGCGAACGCUCCACAGCCGCCGCUACAAAGGGGUCUGCUUGUCGUAUAAAUUCACCGAAAUGUCAGACAUCGACUUCAGUGAGCUCUCGGGCAACCUCUCCGAACAUGUGGUUGUCGACGUCAGGAACCGCAAUGAGGUCGAGGACAACGGCCAGAUCCCCGGCUCGCACUGCAUCCCAUUGCCAGAGCUGGAAACCGCGAUGGACCUGAGCGAAGAAGACUUCGAGAGCAAGUACGGGUUCAGCAAGCCCUCGACAUCCACGUCCAUCGUGACCCACUGCAUGAAGGGAGGCCGCGCCAGGAGGGCCGGGGAUAUCUUCAAGUCGAAAGGCUACCAGGCCAGGGUGUACGAGGGCUCAUUCACUGACUGGAAGGCCAAGGGAGGUGACGUUGCUCCCGGUAAACCUUGAGAAGAGCGGAGAAAAUGCCGUUCUCAUAACACGAAUUAAACUAAUUGAAAAUUUUAGAAUAGCACGUUUGAUACAUUGGUAUUUUAUUACACGGUAUUGCUUUUGUAAUUUUAUUGAUUUUGUUUGUAAUAAAUUCAUAGGAAUGCAGGUUCUUUAAAAUUAUUCAGCCCUUUUGGGACUUGGCUUUAAAUAAAAGAUAAUGUGCAAUA